GGCCGAGGCUGAAUUUUCGGAGCCCACAGAUUUAUGGCGACUCCGUUGGGGAUUGAUUUCUCUGUCCAUCUUUGGCUAGUCAUCUAAAGUGCUAUAGUAGUAGACUAGUAGUUAAAUCAAUCCAAACUCAAAAUUUUAAAUCCUUCUAAAAUGGUCAUUUAGUGAAUUAAACUUUUUUUAGAAUAUUCUAAAAUGAUCGACCGACAAAUACAUUCAAAAUUUUUAUUUAACUUAAGCAGGGUUUUAAAAUUUUUUUUUAUUGCUUGCUCAUAUUGACUAUAUUUGUUUAUUUUUGUUAUGUUGUUUUGUGUAAGUCUCUGCAUUUUGAAAGUGUGGGGUGAUGUAUUAGAUUCUGAUUACUAAUCCUUACCUUUCAUUUGUGCAGAUGGAUCUACUGAACACACCGAUGACCGUCCAAUUGGGACAGGGAGCCAGAAUCCAACUGGUGAAUGCUAUCAUUGAAACUUGAAAUGAUGGAGCUACCAUCCAAUUUGGUAGUGUCGACUUCCCCACAAUCACUGCAAGGGUCGCUGGCGUCUCUGCACGCGACAUCAAUUUUGAAAGGCCCGCUAGGAGGCCCCACUCUACUGAAACUGUUACCUGUCGUGCAUAUUUGCUAGCGCCACGACCUAUUACAGAGCAACCUCGUAGGCGAGUUUCUGUAUUUGAAAGGCUUUCACAGCGACACACGAACAUCAACGAUGAAGCCUACUAUGAUGACGGUGAAGAUAAUGACAAUCAACAACCGUCGGUUAGACAAGUGUAUCGAUGUCGUCGUGAAGCUGGGUCCACCACCGGUAGAGGUGGCCGCUCUUCAGAAGAAGAAAGAGAAGAAGCCGAAGAUAACCCCUUUGCUGAUGAGAAAUGUCACGCUUGCAGAUAUGCAAGGACAUAUAAGGCGUCAAAUGCGAGCCAAAGACAAUGAAAUAUCUCAGCUAAAUGAGAAGAUGACUGAGAUGAUGACUCAGAUGGGGGCGAUGAUGCAAAUGAUGCAGAGGAUUUCCGCUAUUGGUGCCAUGCCUAAUCCUCCUGCCGACCCUCCAAACUUCCAAAUGCCACAAGUAUCAGGAAUAUGGGGAGCUCUUGAAGGUGGUCAUGAGGUCCAUAGUAUUACCCGCCAACCCACACUGCAGAACAUUGCAAGUACCUCCGAGCCUGUGACGGCUACACAGCUCGAGGGAAUUAUCACCGAGAAAAUCAAGGCUAUUAUAGCUGUUGAUCAGGUAGAGAAACUGUUGUACAAGGGUCGUCCGUAUCCCGCUGAAUAUGACCAAGUGCCAUACCCAAAAGAGUAUUCGGUCCCAAAGUUUCACACAUUCAACGGUACUAACAAUCCCCGACAGCGCUUGGCACAAUUUAAGGCCACCUGCGGGAAUACAGGGGUAAAUGACGCCCUACUCUUAUGACAGUUCAUUAACAGUUUAACAACAACUGCUUUCGAAAUAUAUGCUGAAUGGUCAAAUGACUCUGUGAAGACAUUUGCAGCGUUAGAAGCCUUGUUUGUGAAGCGAUUCGCCAGUGCGACUGAGAAAAUUACGAUCGUCGAUGAUAAGAGAGAGGAACCAGUAUCAAAAUAUAUAACUCGAUGACGCAAUCUAAGCAUGAAAUGUGAACAACAACUUGAAGAAGAACAUGCUGUGCAAUUAUUAAUGGAAACAUCGAUGAUAAGAUGCAACCAUUUCCAUGAAUGGCCACCAUCACCACAUUUUAAGACCUGGCUAAAUUUGAAAAGCUGAACUUGUCAAGAUCAGAGGGCCACUCUGACAAGCCUAAGAAGCUCAAGAUCUCGGAGGCAAAAAAAGGUGAAACUUACUCUGCAUCCUUUCUCAGGCCGAAUAAGGGGAAGCAGGUGAUUUAUAAUGUAGACAAAGGCAAGCAACCAAUGCAAUACGAAGAUAAGCCAAAACAAGUCUACAACCCUAACCCUCAGCUGAAGCUGAUACUCGGGGGAAUUAUAGGCCACAAACUUUCCAAGUCGGAGGAGAACGCCCGCGAGGACGUUCCAAUCUCUCAAAGAUAAGAUGAAUAAUGAAUAUUCAUUUAAAAGAGAGAGUGUCGCUAAGUUAUUCCGACAGACGUUAAAAGCAGGUCUGGAACUACCGGAGUGCAAAAGGUCGGAGGAGUCGAAGGAAAUUGGCAACCCAAACUACUGCCCGUAUCACCGAGUGCUCGGCCAUCUCAUUGAAGAUUGCUACAUCUUCAAGGAUUGGCUCGAAAGAAAAUAUCAGAAGGGAGAGCUUACAUUGUCAGAUAAUGUGUUGACUAACCUCAAAAAAGAAUCAACCCCGAUAGUUACUACUUCCUCCGUAGCCUCAGUUGAAGAAAAAAGAAAGGAAAAGAAACAUAUUCAAGAAGAACGGUGGGAGAUUGCAAUAUCAAAGAAAACAGUGAAAAUGCUGAAACAGUUUGAGGGUGUUCCGGAUGUGAAGUGGAAGUCUUCCACUUAGCCGAUGAUAGAUCCUACAAAAAGGAGAGUCGUAGAAGAAGCGAAGUUGGUCCGUAACGAGAGAGCCGAAGUCCUCCCUCUCUCGUGUAUUUAACGACGCGAGGUCGUUCGACUGACGUGGGGGAUGCGAUGUUGACAUGCGUAGGUCUUGGGCGUAGAACUUGAGCGAUGUGGUCGGACAAGUAUGUGAUUUGGAUUUUUUUUUCCUCUUUUUAUUUACAGGUCAACACGAUACAAGCAAGUUUUCUAGGUAAAAAUGGUCUAUAAGAGGAUUAAGCUUCGGACUCGCCUCCACCAAAGACAUCAUUGUUGUGAAUUCUCCAUAUGUGACGUAAGGAUGAACGCGUCUUAGUAGAGUAAGUAUCAUUUUGGAUGGAAAGGAUGUUACCGAAAAGCAAGGACAGGGAGAGAAAAUAGGGUAUUUAACGCUUUUGCAAGGGUUGAUGGCUUAAUUGUUAAGCUACUUGUUUUGUUACACUAAAGACUAAAGCAGAGCACUUCACACAAUUACAGACCAAAUUUCUAAACUAAGCAAAAAGGUAUGACUAUAUCCCUAAAUGCAAUUAUGCAUUUAUGAUAGGUGUGAUUGUUUCUUGACUGGUCGAUUAUGUAAUAAAUAGCAUGAUACUUUACUCUUUACCCAAUCUUAUGAUUUGCUUCUAGUAAUCGAGUAUGCUACAAGGAUGCAAGUCCAUGAUAAAGCAAUUGGUUUUUCGUCAAUGCACCAUGACAUGCUUUAAAAAUGUUUUAUAGUUGUUAUACAUCCAAUAACCUUUUGCUUGAAUGUGUAACAAGAUUUCAUAUGCUGGUUGGCAAACUGUAGUGUUUAGAAUUUGAUAACUGAUUAUUUAUUCCCAUUCAUUUGAUCAUUGUUUAUGUUUUUUCAAUAUUUUUCAAGAAUAUGAUGCCCUUGCUUUCUAAUAGUGUGAUAGAGUGUGUUUCAUAUUUUUUUUCAUUAUUGUUUUUUUAAUUUAGAAUUUUGAGCGCCCAUUAUUUGAAAUUUACUUUAUUUAAAUGUGUGAUUUUUUUAAC